AUGGGGCGAUUCAAUCACUCCUCAAACCGCGAGCUUCAUGUUGUGGUCCUUGGAGCCGGUGGUGUUGGGAAGAGCUGCUUGACCGCCCAAUUUGUACACAAUGAAUGGAUCGAGAGCUACGAUCCGACUAUCGAAGACUCCUAUCGGACGCAAAUACAAGUUGAUGGUCGUCAAGUAGUCUUGGAAAUUCUGGAUACUGCCGGUACUGAGCAGUUUGUUGCGAUGCGCGACUUGUACAUGAAGACAGGUCAAGGGUUCUUGCUAGUCUUCAGCAUCACAUCACCGUCCUCUUUGAGCGAACUCGCCGGUCUACGCGAGGAAAUCAUUCGCAUCAAGGACGACGAAAAUAUCCCAAUGGUCAUUGUUGGCAACAAAGCAGACUUGGAAGACAGCCGCGCUGUUCCUCGUGCCAAGGGAUUCUCGAUAUCGCAACGUUGGGGGGCGCCAUACUAUGAAGCAAGCGCCAGAACUCGCACCAAUGUGGAUGAAGUUUUCAUUGAUCUCUCACGGCAGAUGCUGCGCAAAGAUGACGACUAUCUUACCACUGGCGAUGCAGAUGAUGGCUUUAAGUUUGACUCCGCCAGAAGCGGUCAAAAACGGCGCCACAGAUUACGCUUCCGGGAGAAUGGCCAACCGCGCUGUACUAUUCUAUGA